AUGGCUUUUCAAUGUGAUGCAGAAUACCACAACAAGCCAAUUAACGUGACUCGGUCUACUUUACCCGCUGUAUCAGCAUACAGGUCAUCGACCUCGGAUUGGUUGACUCCCGAGAUCAUACGGUUAGGGGAAAUGAAGACACAGUACGGAGAAGACGCUACCUCUUUAAGAGCGGUCAGUACAGACUGCAUUGCCUACCCUAGACCAGCGCCGAGGAAAAUUGGAAGACUUUUGCUGGAACUUCUUAAGAACCUGGAAGGUGACCAAAGUACUCAAGUUUUGGAACUAAUUCAAGUGUUAUUCCGGAAUAAUAUACUCGUUGAAACAUCAAUGUUGGAAAUGGAGCCGAAUCUAGGGUCCCUGGUGAAGACCCAAGGCGUGAUGAUGGGAGAGCCUCACGCUACGUUUCCGAGAAUACUCGCUGUUGUAUGGAUUUUGGCUACCAAUGGUAACCAUGGAUGGUGUUACAUAGACAAGAUGAAUGAGUAUCUCACGAUAUCCAAACCUCGUGAGAUAGCGCACCAGAUGAAGACAAUAGAGCCGGUAUUGGCGCGCGCGCGGUACGUCAUGGAGGACUUUAUACAGAGUAUCACACCAGUAAACAUGUAUCAGAAGAAAACUUCGAGGAACACCUUCAAGUAUCCGACAACGCAAACCAAACGGAUAACUACAAAAACUAAAGUAACUAGUAAAAAACGCCAUGCGAUAAAACAGCGAGCGAAUCCCACAGUAAGUUUUGAAUUGGCUUGCUAG